AACCCCAGACCCCCCUCCUCCCCUUCCUGUUUUAUCAUACCUCCCCCUCCCUGCUCAUGCUACAGACGGAGUGAGUUAUGCAGUCCUUCCGUGAGCGCACCAGUGGUUACCACAGCAACCAACCCUGCUAUCAGCAGGAGCCCCAUGAAUUAUCUCGCCUGGAGACCUACCGACAACACCCACAUCAUCCCCAUCCGCAGCAUCCACACCCAGGCCCUGGUCCACAUCCAGGCCCUGGCCCAGGGCAAAACAGGUCAGGCUAUGAGGCUAUGUCUAACACAACAAAUGCGCCAACAGGUGGAGCGGCUGGAAUUGGAGGACCCAAGGAUUGUUACAGCCAACAAAACUAUUCUGGGUACCCUGGAGGCAGUGGAAAUGGAAAUGGGGGCUCUCCAGCCUCACAGACAAAGAAAUCCUUUAGAGGAAGCAAAGUUCCCCCACCAAGCCCUAGUCAACACCUGCAGGGUCCUGGGGGCUAUGGUAAUCACAUGGGCCCAGGACAUUAUUCUUCGCAGUAUAUGAGCGAGGGCCAUCUCCAGCAGAAGUGGGAUGACCCAGCACAGUUAGCACAAUAUGAACAGGAGAUGGUGGGUCGACUGGAGGCUGGUGCUUCCCCUGCACCUGGCUCCUCCCAGUACAUGGACUCAAAUAUCUUGGGGCACUCCCAAACCCCCUGCCACCAGCCUUCGACCCCAAGUUAUACAAGCCCACACCACCAUCCCCACCCUCCUAACCCUGCCCCCUCACCUUUGAUGUAUCCCCAGAGUCACCUGCACUACCCUCAACCCUCACCCUCUCCAUCCCCAUACAUGGAAAAAUGUAGUCCCAUGCCCCAUUGUUAUAAAGGCUACAACAUACCUCCAAAUUCCCAGUAUGGUAGACUUAGCAGUUUGAAACAGGGUGCUUACAGGUCAACCCAGAACAGCUAUGGGUACCAGCAGCCAACACCCAGAGGUUAUGAGCAGCAGACCUCUUUGCAGGCAAUGGCCAACCCCCAAGAACCGCACCCUAAAUACCAACACUAUAAUCAACCCCAACAAAAUUACUGUCUUUCAGAGCUCCCUGUCCGAUCUCCAGAACAGUAUUAUCAGACCUGUAGCCCCUCCUCAAGCCAUUCUCCCGCUCGCUCUGUUGGGCGCUCACCCUCGUACAGUUCAACCCCUUCACCACUAAUGACCAACCCAGAGUCUUUCCAGUAUGGCCAACCACCAAUGACACCAGGAGCUGCCUCGUCCUCCUCGUCUUCUUCGGCUGGUAUGCAAGAUCAAGCCAGUGCAAACACCAUGCUGAUGCCCCCUCGGUCUCACCCUUCACCCAGCAUAUCCCACACAGCAUCCCACAGCUAUACCACGACACCACAAGCAACCACAAUGAAAGAGCGCUUCUCGGAGAAGCUGUUAUCAAACCCCAGCUUGUGGAGCCUUAACGCUCUCACCUCCCAGGUGGAAAAUAUCUCCAAUAAUGUUCAGCAGCUUCUGCUUUCAGAAGCACUGGUUGCAAACAAGAAAGGUAGUAAGCGCAGCAGUGGUGGGAGCAACAGCAGCACUGGAAGUGUGGCAUCCACGAAGAAGGGUGAAGAAUACAAAAGUCCUCCAUACCCAGAUAGUGGUGGUAAUGUGAGUGGGGGCACAAUGCAUGAACCCUACUCUACACCACAGCAUCAACCAUUGCCCAUGGAACUCCAUGAGGGUGGUUACUCCAGCAGUAGCGAUGAACCAUUGGACAGAGGGUACUAUUACUAUGCCCAGGGCAGAAGUCCAGCCCAGGCCCAAAACAAUACGCAACUCAGUCUAGACACAGCCUCCUCUUGCUCCAUUGCUUCCCCAGAUGAUAUGUCUACAAGGUCUGGGGACUCAGGACUGCACAACCUUACCCCUGAUCCUAUGAGAUGUCAGACAGGGCAAGGGAGAGACGGCAUGAGUACUCCAGGGAAGAGUAUUGGUGAUGAGAGGUCUCCAACAAGCAUAACAAUCCCCAGUCCUAUGAAACAAGAACGUGAUUCUCCACCAGAUAUACAACAUAUCAAUCAGCCUGUAAAAGAGAACUUUGAAGAAUCAGCUUGGACUGAAAAACCCGCUGAAAAAGAAGAGGAAGCAAUAGAAAAAACACUUGACUUCAUUAGUAAUUCAGACUCAACCAACCCUUUAGAGAAGCGAGAGAAAUGGACAGAUGAGGAAAAAUGCCCAACUUUCUACAGCAAAAUAAACAUGGACAUGGCAGAAAAAAGCUAUUGCUAUGAGGAGACAAUGUUCCAAGAGGUCCAGAGCAAAUAUGACUCAGACGCAAGAGACUCAGUUGAACAGUCCCCAGCUGAUCUCUCUGAUUCCAGUAACAAAGAUAACUUUAGUCAAGAGAUGAAGUCAGAGGCGUUCAAAUCUGAAUCCCCAACUGCAUCUGAGAGCUCUGUGAAAACAUUGCCUUUUAUCUCAAGAGGAGACCUUGAGCAGGAUCAAUAUUCGACAGAGAAAGACAGCUCAGCAAACACCUCUCCAACCUCCCGAGCUGAAGUCCAGGAAGAGUGUAGCUAUGACAAGAAGGAAAGCAGAAAUAAGGAGAAUGGCGAAGAGGUGGUAGAAAAGGGAGAAGAAGAUAAGGGAAAUGAAGAUGAGAAAAAAGACAUUGAAAAAGGUUCUCUUUUGCAGCUUUUGUCUGGAGAGGUCAGGGAGAAAGUUAAAGAGAAAGAAAGUCUGUUAUUAACUGAAUACCACACAAAUGAUGAAGAUAUCCAAGGGAGCCCUUCUGAAGAUCUCUGCAGCAGAACAGAAAGUCACAAUUUAACGCUCAAUACUGACAUUGAUUUUGCAGGGGGGCCUGGUCAUCCAAAUGCAGCAGCAGCAACAACAGCAACAGAUGCUUCAACAAGGGAGUCAGCCAUUGGCGACACAGUACCUCAGCCUCAGUCGGCUAUGCCAGUCUUCUCUGCUCUCAAUGACAAGGCGGCUCCUCCCGCUCAGGCUAGAGAUCAUAUUGAUCACAGCGAUGCUAAAGUCCUGGAGCCAGACUCUCCUCAGCUGCCAGGGAAGUCAAUACUCCCUUCUGCCCCUUCCUGGGCAGACACUCCACCAUCUCCUCAAAAAGGUGAUGAUGAUAUAGAACCAGGCAUAAGUUGUGCCAGUGCUGUGACACCACUAGCUAAACCAGAGCCUAUGUUCCCAUCUGCUCAGCCAAGAACAUACGGACGUAAGCAUGCUAGGGGAAGAAGGAGAACAAUGCAUUCAGGUGUGGCAUUAAGGCGGCAGUUAAGCUUAAAGAAGGAGGAAGAAAAGGAGCAUGAAGAAACAGACUCCUCCACGCAAAAACCAAUCAUGCCCCCAAGCAAGACUGUUUUAUUCUCAGAUCAAACUAACCUUACACAGCAGGAUACUAUUGUGAGCCAGACUCCUAAAACGCUGACAGAUAGUUUUCAAUCGAGAAUGUGCACUCGCUCAUUUAAUGCUCCAGAUAUUCAAAAAGUCGAACCUAAUGUGAAGAGAAAACCAGGUCCAAAACCAGGUCCAAAACCAGGAUCUAAGCCCGGGCCAAAGCCUAGUGCAAAGCCAGGGUCAAAACCAUUGCCAAAACCAGGUCCUAAACCUGGCCUAAAAGCAGGUCCCAAACCUGGGAAAAAGACAGGUCAAAAACCUGCACCAAAUGAAUCAGAAGUGCCCAUGAAAACUGAAACCAGUGUAAGACAAAAACCAGGGCCAAAAGCAAAUUCAAAGCCUGGACCAAAACCUGGACUAAAGCCUGGAUCAAAACCUGGACCAAAACCAGCACUAAGACCAGGUGCAAAACCUGGGAUCAAGCCUGCUGAGUUUUUGACCUCUAUAGACGCUGCUCCCAUCAAAGCCCCAGUUGGUCGCCCCAGAGGAUCAAUUUCAAAAGCAAAAUUGAUGGACCGAGAGAACGCAAGACAACAAGUUCCAGAAAAGCAAAGCCAGACCAGAAAGGCUCUAAAAACUACAACACUCCAAGAAAACCAGGAUGUAAAACCUUCAACAGAGGAAAAACACACUACCCCAGAGGUAAAGGUACCAGAAAGGGAGAACAACAAUAUGGUCUUAAGAUCCAGAAAGCCCUCCCAGGAUAAACUAACAAAAGACAAAGAAAAGGGAGGGGAAGACAUUCAAACCCAGACACCAGCAGAAAGUAAAGUCAGCGAUGUUUUUCUAAAAGUAGAAGAGGCCAUAGUUGAGGAAAAAAUUCAAACUCCAAACAUUGAUACAAUGAUAACCACAGAUAUUUCCAUACACUCACCUGCACCACCUGCAAGACCAGUCUUAUCUGAGGCAUCGAAGGAUAAGACGCUACCUACACUAAAACGCAAAUCUAGCCCAGAAAUCGCCACAACAAUUGUAAAAAAGAAGAGAGGUCCAAAGCCCAAACUGAGAACUUUGCCACCACAGCCGGUCCUGUUUGAAGAGGCUCUACCCACACCCACAGAGAAGAGUGUCCAAGGCCCCAGAAGAAAGCGAGGACCACCCAGGAAAGCUUCUCUGGUCAUUACCUCACUCAAAGAUGCUCCUCCUGACAGCAAUGGAUCUACCAACAGCGAUGUGCCUGUUGUGCCUCCUCAGUGCCCCACUAAAACAAAAGUACUCCCCCCACGCAAAGGCAGAGGGCAAAAAUAUGAGGCAAUGGUACAGAAGAUUACAUCUCCUAGCUCAAAGAAACACCUCCCAGCUACCCAACAAGAAAGCAGUGUAAGUGAGGAUGCCACAUCUAAGGCUUUUCCUGAAUCUGUCCUUAAGGAAGGUGAGACUUAUAUACAAAUAAAUAACACUGAGACAACCGAGUUUACAAAGGAGGAAAUGAAACAGCAAGAAGGAGCAAUCCUGAUGGAGGAUAUUUCACAGGAAAGUGUAAAGCAUGACCUAAGUCAAGAGGAAUCCACAACAGAUAUAGUGAGACCAUUAGUGGUAGAUGAGGUUACAAACAAGAAUGACAGAAGUCAGGAAAAAAGCAAACCAGAAACCAAGAUGGAUGUUGUGGACUAUAAGGCUUUGACUUCAACAGAGACAGCAUUAGAAGUUGGGCCUGUAGGUGAGGGGACACAACAGUCUUCCGAGAGUGUUUCUACUGAUGCCAAAAAGUCUGUCAGAACAAAGAGAAAGAGAUGGGCCAUGGUAGAAAGUACAGACGCAUCCGUAGUAGCUUUGGAAGCAGACAGUCUCAUAAUCACAACUCCAAGGCUUGCAAAACAGAGAGCCAUUAAAAACAACCAUGAAAUGCACCUUAAACAAAGAAGGAAGAAAAGAAAAGGGGAGGCCAAUUUAGAGGGAAAUGAGACAGUGCAAGAGACAAGCACAACAGAAACACCCCAACCUGUAGAAAAGAUAGGGGAGAACGUGACCACUACAGAGUCAACAGACCCUCUACCAACUAACCAAGAUAAGUUCACAGAAACCCCUCAGGCUGUCACUACAGAACUUAUUCAAAAACCUCGAAGAGGCCGAAAACCAUCUACAAACCCAACCAAACGGAAGAGAAGCCAAGCCUUAAUUGAACAAACUUCUGGAAAGCCAGUCAAGGUCCACAAAAAACCUGGGCCAAAACCCGGGAUGAAAGAUGCCAUUGAGGUUAUUGAGGCAGUCGUAAGGGCAGCUGGAUGUGAGCAGGACAAAAAAGAAGAACGAGAAAAAGAAGAGAGGGAAAGAAGGGAAGAGAAUAUAGAAGGCGAGGAGACUAUUAUUGUGGGUCCUGUGGUGACUGUAACAGAAAAACAGACAGAGGUCAUCUCUGUGAAAAGAAUCAGGAGGAGACCACUCAACAGAAAUUCAAAGCUAUCCUUUUGUCCUUAUGUCCGGAUCAACAACUCCAGAGACUUUUCCUCUUGGUGUGCCAUAGUCAACAAGCCUGAAGACGCCGUUGUAUUUCAGAGACGUAGAAAAAAGGGCAUACUUAGGAUGAGGAAUCCGUUCACAGUUGCAAAAGUAGUACCACACACUGCUGCCAUGCAACUAGGACCGUUGGUAAACUCAAAUCUAUCGGAUAUGCGUCUUACAUGUUGCUUGUGUGGGAAACCACCCAACUACAAAGACCUGGGGGAUUUGUGUGGACCCUACUACACAGAGGAUAGUAUUCCACGGAAGAUUCUGACUGUCACGCACACACAACUCUUCAGGGAAGACGCCAACAAGGCCGACGGGAAUGACAGUAGCAGCAGUGAAGGGCCAGGUACCUCCUCAAAGACUGAAGACACAGUGAACUCAGAAAAGGAGGGAAAUACAGAACCUUCCACUGAAGAGGCUGGUGACACCAGGCACCAUCACUGGCAUUACCGACGGCUAGGGAGACCCGAAAGACCGUGUCAGGAGGGUGGUCCGAGAAGACUUACUCUCAGAGAGAGAUUCAGAAGAAUGAAGCAGCUCCAGAGCCUCUGCACGGCCACUUCAAAAGACCAAGAGGACAAUGAAAGCACGUUCCAAAGGCUACAAAUGGAGGCAGUGGCCAAGGAGCACUGGGCUCAUGAAAACUGUACCAUCUGGACCAAGGGGAUAAUUAUGGUCGCUGGAAGGUUAUAUGGACUGAAGGAAGCUGCCACCAAGUCAGCUCAAACGAGCUGUCACAAGUGCCAGGUUUUGGGGGCAUCACUCAGCUGCUGUUGGAGAGGCUGCUCUUAUAAAUAUCACUACAUCUGCGCUAAAGAGAUAGGCUGCACAUUCCACGAGGAUGAUUUUUCCAUCAAAUGCCCGAAACAUGAGGACCUGUAAGAUAUCCCUGCAUUCCACCUUCUCUACCAAAAUCAUCACUCCGCCACCUACCCUGCAAGCCAAAAAUGCUGCAAAAACAUGCAGUGAUGAAUGACAAUGGACAAGCACGAUGGCCAGAGGCGGCGCCGAGGUGCGGAGCCAGGAGCAGCUCAGACACUGGGGAGCUGAACAGCUGCCUCCUCAAAACGCUCCCUCACAGCGAGGCAGGGGGCAGCGACGAUGGCGAUCAGGGGGGGCGUGCUUCUGUCCGGACCCCAUGACUAACUAUUGGAAACGCAGAACAAGGAACCCGCGAGUGUGCGUCCGCAUUCUGACGUGUUCCCAUCGCCCUCAGACAACUGGACAGGCCGCCUCGUCCGGGGGGGGGGCCAACAGGAUCACAUCUGUGUGUUUCAACGUGUGCGUAUGUGACGACCACUGCAUUAUCAUUCCACCGCCACACCUUCACCCUGUGUUUGUGUAUAUUUGUGCAGAAGUGCAUCUUCAGCUCAAGAUCUCAUCUUUCCUGGGGGGGGGGGGGAAUAUAUAUAUAUAAAAAAAUAAAGAAAAAAAAUAAAAACACUGUACCAAGUGUCAAACAUGGUGGCGGUAGCAUCAUGGUGUUGGACUGUUUUGCUACCAAAACAGCCUAAGAGAAGAAACACAAGAAUACGGCAACCAACCACUGGAUGUACUAUCUCAAUGUCUGCAUUUGUGUUUGGAACAAGAGACGAAACUAAAAAUAAACGAGGAAACUGUAAAUUAUGUUGCUUUACAGCUUCUAAAGAAAAAAAAAAACAGUAUUUUUUAUUAUUUUUCUUUUUGGUUUGUUUGGAUAUAAUGCUCUUAUCUUUAAAGGUGUAUAUUGAUGUGCAUUAUGACUAGGCAACAUCAUUGCGUCAACCUUGGUAUAUGUCAGACUUUGUGUUACUCAGAAAUUAAAAUAUAUAGAUAUAUAAGAAAAAAACAAACAAACAAAAAAAAAAAAGAACAACAACCAUUAAAUCUGUUGAGUUUAAUUCAACUGUGUGCACAUUCAGUAUAUAGAGCAGACGACGUCAUCCAAGCGGAUCAGACGGGGCCUCGGAUUACGGACGCCGAGUCGGUUUCAUCUCACUUCAUGUCGAUGUACAGAAAUCUCCGAUGAUGUGUAAUUACUCCGCAGCCGCGCAAAGAGACGCUCCACUUGUCUGUUUGUGUAUCGAAAAAUGUAGCCUCCUCUCUGCCGGGCAAUAUAACGCUGCGCUGCGCAGAGAGACAGUUAACGUUCUAGUCAUAUCAGAAAGAGACAUAUUUAAGUAUUAAAGCAGAAAAACAGAGUGCAAAAACGCCACACCAAACGUCCUCUCUUCGAAACUCAUUAUUUAAUGGUGUACAGAAGUAUUUGACGCUGUUUAAAUGUAAGAUGUGAUGUACUAAUAUAAUUGUGUAUAGUAUUUCCUAGAGAUGUUUAUUUUCUAUAAAAUGGAAUACGUUAUUGCUUAUAAAAUGUUAUUAAAAGAAUCCAUUGAUGAUACAAAAAAAAAAAAAAAAAGACCUUUUUUGGAAUGUCACUUGUCUUAAGUGGGAGCAUGCCGUUUUAAUUGAUUUUCAUGUCUGUUUGUUUUGGACUCGAUGACACAGCAUCACUUUGUUUGAAAUGUUUUUUGUAACGCCAAUGUUAAAUAUACCAGCACCUUUCAAUGCUGCUACAACCAA